AUAACAAAUCUUCUUAUCACAUUUACCAGUGGCGUCACAUCGAUCCGGCAGCACACAGAUGGCGAGGACCCAAUAUCUGCAACAAGUAGAAAGUGUUUUCUAACUAGUAAUUGCAGGCUAGGACCCUUAUAUUGCUCAAAAUGCAAUGAUUGAUCUUGGCGGUCCAAAAUCAUACACACAUUCAAACAUAUCGAUAUUCGGCGAAGUUGGACAUACCUGAAACAUCUAGGAUUCUAGGUGCGGUGUAUAUAAAUACAAAGUAAUCAAGCAGCUCGAUUCGCAUUCAGUUUUGGUAGAUUGGUCAACGAAUUAAUCGAGUCCUAUUUGCUGCCGUGUGUUUGUGGUUCGUCUUAUUGACUGCCGGGGUAGUGUGAAAGCAUAACGCGUAGCAACAAAAUAAAGUGUCUUUCACUAUGGCUAGCAACAACAAUAAUUCGACUCCUGCCACCCCCAGCGGAACAAAGCAGUUUGCUUUACUACCAAAAAUUGUCAACGGUGGCAUUGCCGGUAUAAUCGGUGUGUCGUGCGUUUUUCCUUUGGAUCUUGUUAAGACUCGUUUGCAAAACCAGCAAGUCGGCCCAAAUGGAGAGAAAAUGUACAAUUCAAUGCUUGACUGUUUUAAGAAGACUUACCGUGCUGAAGGAUAUUUUGGUAUGUAUCGUGGAUCUGCGGUAAACAUUUUACUGAUUACACCAGAAAAAGCUAUAAAAUUAGCGGCCAAUGACUUUUUCCGGCAUCAUUUGACCACAUCCAAUGGCACUCUGCCAAUCACUCGCCAGAUGGCCGCAGGUGGGUUAGCUGGUUUGUGUCAAAUUGUAAUUACUACACCCAUGGAGCUGCUGAAAAUUCAAAUGCAAGAUGCUGGUCGUGUUGCUGCACAGGCCAAAGCAGUCGGAAAGACCAUGCCGAAAGUGUCCGCCACCUCGAUAGCGAUGGAGCUUAUCCGUACCAAGGGAAUAACGGGACUGUACAAGGGAACUGGUGCAACGAUGCUGCGCGACGUUUCGUUUUCGAUUGUAUACUUCCCAUUGUUUGCUACACUUAACGCACUCGGCCCUCGCCGAGACGAUGGUAGCAAUGAGGCCGUAUUCUGGUGUUCAUUUUUGAGUGGUUGUGCUGCUGGUUCGAUGGCAGCUUUGGCCGUGAAUCCGUUCGACGUAGUCAAAACGCGUCUUCAAGCAUUGAAGAAAGUUGAAGGUGAAAUGCAAUUCAACGGAGUCGCAGAUUGCAUUGGCAAAACGUUGAAGCACGAAGGAAUAACUGCAUUUUUCAAAGGAGGCCUGUGCCGUAUGAUUGUCAUUGCGCCUCUGUUUGGUAUAGCGCAGAUGGUAUACUUCCUGGGCGUCGCGGAAGCCAUUCUUGGUAUUAAAACCGGUAAUAAGUAAAGCUGUGUUUAUCGUCAUGUAGUGUGUUGUUUGCUGUGGAUCGAAUUGUAUCGAUUUGAUACAAAACUCAAAGUUUCCUUUGACACCCUGAGGACAAAACAUUCAAUUCGAACAUUCAACAUAACUCACGCAAACAAAAGUCAACAAUAGCGGAAGAAUGAUACUAAGCGUAACUACUCUUUGGCCCCGAACGGGAUUGUUAACUCCGCAUCGAAACGGAUGUUUAAUUUUUUUGUUUAAAGUGAACAUAAUGUUGUGUUUAAAAAUGUAUGUUUUCAGCAUGUAAUUACUUCCUUGUGUAAAUUACUUUGAGUUUUUGUUUUUUGGUUUGAAAUGAUUUCCGUGAUUUAUCUGUUUUAAGCGGGCAUGAAUGUAUGUUUGUUUUAUUUCUUGUUUUUUUUUGUGUAACAUUUGACAAAGUCUAGUAAAUCCUUCCUUUCCGAUCUGGGGGUUUGGCUAAAGAAGUAGUUCUAAUGAAACAAAGGAAUCAAACAGACUCUAGGUGGCCGUAUUCUGUAAAAACUACACUGUGCGAUGAAUAAUGAAUGUUAUUCGAUGUUAUUUUACGACAAGCUUUGCAGUUGUUUAAAAGCCUGUAGAUGUGUUCAAUGCAUAUAACUGCGUAAUUGCGACAAACUGCAAGCCGUAAUCAAUAGCCAAUAUUUCCAUUAGGGUUGGUCGCGUUAGGUUUUAUUUUAAAACGUUAUCUAAAAUGCACGUAAUCCUGUUCAAAAAUGGACCAUGUUCUCAAAUGUAUGUUUUGAUUGAACAUUCGGCAAAUCAAAUUAAUUAAGAGUUUUAUUUGAAAGCAAACGAUCUGAAUCAAAAAUUCUGAAGAAACCACGCUUCCAAUAAAUAAGAAAUGACACACUAACUAGCUGUAAAUAACUGUGGCACAAAUGCUAUCAUUGUUGCUACAAAUAAUCGAUGACCUGUCCAUUACAAUGAACUAAAGAGCAGUUGUGGAUGUGAAAGUAUGUGCAUUUUUGGCCUGGCAUUAUGCCAUAUUACUCAAGAACUAACUUUGAAAUGUAUUUUAGUGAGUCGUAUUAGCAGUUUGGUUUAAAUUUGAUAAACAUACGGUUCAAGAUAUGCUCACACUAAUGCUACAACCACAUAUCGUUUGCAUUAGAAGCAAAGCAAAGGCAACAAGAGAGGGAGGGAGAGAGAGUGAGAGAGAGAGAAAGGAGAGAGAAGUAGAAAAAAGAAAGAAAGUAGAAUGCUUUAAAAACAACUGAUGACAAUAACAAAAAGUAGCAAAGUUGUAUGAUUGAUUGUGGUAUAAUGAUUUAAUGCAAUAAUGGCACAGAGUACAUCGUACGGAACCUAAAGCAUGGUUCAAUGCAUGAAUGUCAAUAAAAUGUAACAAUUGUCAUCCAAUUACAAUACUCCGUAAACAUGUGAACAAAAUAGUCAAUUCGAAGCGGAUAGUACCGAUUCAUGACAAAAUAAUAACUAAAAUUCAAUGUACCACAACAUAUAGCAGUAAAACUUAUAAUAGCAUGUCAA